UUCCCAUGAUGCGAGACCCCGGCUGGAUUCGGAGUGUGUGGUCUUCAAACAUUAAUGCUCAGACCAUGAAUUACGUGGGGCAGUUGGCGGGCCAGGUGUUUGUCACCGUGAAGGAGCUGUACAAGGGCCUGAACCCCGCCACCCUGUCCGGAUGCAUCGACAUCAUCGUUGUCCGCCAGCCCAACGGGAGCCUGCAGUGCUCCCCGUUCCACGUCCGCUUCGGCAAGAUGGGGGUGCUGCGCUCCCGAGAGAAAGUGGUUGACAUAGAAAUCAACGGGGAAUCUGUGGAUUUACACAUGAAGCUGGGAGAUAACGGAGAAGCCUUUUUUGUUCAAGAGACCGAUAACGAUCAGGAAGUGAUCCCCACGCACCUGGCCACCUCCCCGAUCCUGUCGGACGGAGCCUCGCGCAUGGAGUGCCAGCUGAAGAGGAACCCGGUGGACCGGGCGCGGAGCCUGGACCCCAGCGNNGCGGCCCCAGGCCUGCCUCCCGGCGAGACCCCCUCCAGCGGCUCCCUGGUGAAGAAGAGACGGAAGAGGAGGAGGAAGUCCCAGCUGGACAGCCUGAAGAGGGACGACAACUCCAACACGUCGGAAGACGAAGACAUGUUCCCCAUAGAGAUGAGCUCCGACGAGGAGCGGGACGCGAUGGACAGCAGCAGAACUCUUUCUAACGACAUACCUCCAUUCCAAGAAGAUGUUCCCAAGGAAAACGUGCCCCCAGUCAUGCCUUAUUCUCAGUCAUCAUCGUACCCUAGUUCCGAUAGAGAGUGGUCACCCAACGCCAGUCCUUCAGGUUCCCGCCCUUCGACACCUAAAAGUGACUCCGAGUUGGUCAGCAAGUCGGCGGACAGGACGGCGCAGAAGAGCAACCUGGAGAUGCUGUGGCUCUGGGGGGAGCUGCCCCAGGCCGCCAAGUCGCCUACACACAAGAUGAAAGACUCCAGCCCGCUGAGCAGCAGGAAGUUCUCGGAGAAGAUGCACUUCCAGGCCAUCCACAGCGAGCCUCCCGAAGCGUUUAGCGACCCGUCGCCGCCGCUGGCCGAGGCGCCGCCUCCGCAGCCGCUUUCGGAGCAGAGCAAGUCUCAGACCGAGAUGCAGUUUGUGAAUGAGGAGGACGUCGAGGCCUUGGGAGCCGCAGCCCCGCCCCUGCCUGCCACCGAGGAGCCCAAAGCCCUCUCCGCCCUGGCUGCGAGCAAGACGGACUCGCCGUCUAGGAAGAAAGACAAACGAAGCCGGCACCUGGGGGCGGACGGCGUCUACCUGGACGACCUCACAGACAUGGAUCCCGAAGUGGCCGCCCUGUACUUUCCCAAAAACGGGGACCCUUCUGCCCUCCCCAAACAUGCCGACAACGGAGCCCGGUCAGCCAACCAGUCCCCGCAGUCCGUGGGCAGCUCUGGGGCCGACAGUGGUGUGGAGAGCACCUCCGACGGCCUGAGGGACCUGCCGUCCAUCGCCAUCUCCCUCUGCGGCGGCCUCAGCGACAACAGGGAGAUCACCAAAGACGCGUUUUUGGAACAAGCCGUGUCGUAUCAACAGUUUGUGGACAACCCCGCCCUCAUCGACGACCCCAACCUGGUGGUAAAGAUCGGGAACAAGUAUUAUAACUGGACCACGGCAGCCCCUCUGCUGCUGGCAAUGCAGGCUUUCCAGAAACCUCUGCCAAAGGCCACGGUGGAGGCGAUCAUGAGGGAUAAGAUGCCCAGGAAGGGAGGAAGAUGGUGGUUUUCGUGGAGGGGAAGAAGUACCACUAUCAAGGAGGAAAGUAAGCCGGAGCAGGGCCUGGCUGGCGAGAGCCACAGCACCGGGGAGCAGCCGCCGCCGCUCAGCAUGGCCACCAGAAUGAAGCAGGAGUCGUCCUCCAGCGAUGAGGAGCACUCAGCCGCCAGGCCGUCCAGCGCCCCCCUGAUGCCCCUGAUGUCCAACGUCGGCUACAAGAAGACCCUGCGGCUCACGUCAGAGCAGCUGAAAAGCCUGAAGCUGAAGAACGGCCCCAACGACGUGGUGUUCAGCGUCACCACCCAGUACCAAGGCACCUGCCGCUGCGAGGGCACCAUCUACCUGUGGAACUGGGACGAUAAGGUGAUCAUCUCCGACAUCGACGGCACCAUCACCAGGUCAGACACUCUGGGCCACAUUUUGCCCACCUUGGGGAAGGACUGGACCCACCAGGGCAUCGCGAAGCUGUACCACAAAGUGAGCCAGUACGGUCACUGCGUGCCCGUGGUGUGCGGGCCCUGGUUCGGGCUGGGGGACGAUGAGGUAGGCGUGGUCUCUGCCUCCCGGACCCCGUGCGACUCGCUCGUGGGGAGCCAUGACCUCGUCAGAACGGGCAGCAGGGCCCCAGCACAGGUCACGGGAGGUGUGGUGAGCAAUGCAGAGUUCACAGACAUCCAGGCGCAGACGGCCCUGCACAGAGAGGUGAUUGAAAAGAAGCCAGAAAAGUUUAAAGUCCAGUGCUUGACAGACAUCAGAAACCUGUUUUUCCCAAACACAGAACCGUUCUACGCUGCUUUUGGAAACCGGCCAGCUGACGUGUAUUCGUACAAGCAAGUGGGAGUGUCUUUGAACCGAAUAUUCACCGUCAACCCCAAGGGCGAGCUGGUGCAGGAGCACGCCAAGACCAACAUCUCCUCGUACGUGAGGCUCUGUGAAGUGGUUGACCACGUCUUCCCGCUGCUGAAGAGGAGCCAUUCCUCGGACUUCCCCUGCUCGGACACGUUCAGUGACUUCACCUUCUGGCGGGAGCCGCUGCCCCCGUUCGAGAACCAGGACGUCCACUCUGCCUCGGCGUGACGCCCCGCAGCCGCCCGCGUCAGCCAAGACCGGCCGCCCAUUAAAGGAUCGGUUGUGGGAGCCCAGGAGGGAGCUCGGGAGCCGCGUGCGGUCAUUGCCUGAGCGCAGGGAGCUGGGGUGCACCCUCCUCCCCGCUCCCCGGGGCUGGCGUUUCUAAGUCAAGUACCAGGGUGCACAUCCUGGGCGAGGAGUCGGGUGCACUCCCGGGGGGUGUGUGUGGGGGGGCCUUUCCUCGCUGUGGCUGAAAGCCAGAGACCACGCUGCCCUAUCCGCCUGUCGGCGGCCUCGUCACUGGGCAGCGUGUCCCUGUGAAGCCCAGCAGAGCUGGUGCCUGGUCCCUGCUGGGGACAGUGUCCCCCAAGGUCGCCAGGUGCGCGCCACGUGGAGAGGGGCACACGUCCCCGUGGUGGCUCCCACCCAUCUUCUGCUCCCCGUGGGGGUCGGGGGUGGGGGGCACAUGCUGGGUCAUGUGACCCGGAUCUGGGGUCUCUGAAGGGCCUGGCCCUGUGGGUGUCCCUUGCAGUAUUUGCCGACGGUCUAGUUUUAGGUGACAAGCUCUUCUUUAUACUUCG